AUGCGCCUCCUAGACACCUCCACCAUCAAGCUCUCCGAGUUCUACGGAGACGACAUCCCAGAGUAUGCCAUCCUCUCUCACACCUGGGGCAAGGCAGAAGUGUCGUUCCAUGACCUGCAGAACGUGGAAGCAGGGCAACUGGAUGGAUUGGAAGGAUACGUGAAAAUAAGAGCUUGCUGUGAAUUAGCAGCUCAUUACGGAUAUCAAUAUGUCUGGAUAGACACAUGCUGCAUCGACAAGACCAGCAGUGCAGAUUUGUCGGAAGCGAUCAACUCCAUGUUCCGAUGGUACCAGAAUGCCCGGAUUUGCUAUGCCUACCUAGCCGAUUUCUGUAUGCGUGACGAACUCUUAAUGGGAAGUCCUAUAGAUGAGCAGACAUUUCGUAAGAGCAGAUGGUUCACCAGAGGAUGGACGUUGCAAGAGCUCUUGGCGCCUGGGAACGUGGAGUUCUACGACAAGAACUGGCAUUAUUAUGGAUCAAAGUCGAGUCUCAAAGACCAGAUAUCGCUCAUCACUGGUGUUCAACAGGGUCAUAUGUUUGACAUCAGCGGUGCAAGCGCGGCGCAGAAGAUGUCCUGGGCUUCUGGAAGGAAGACAACUAGACUGGAAGACAUAGCUUACAGUUUAAUGGGUAUCUUCGACGUAAGCAUGCCAUUGCUCUAUGGUGAAGGAAGAAAGGCUUUCAUAAGGCUUCAGCACGAAAUCGUGAAGAUAUCGGAUGACGAAUCCAUAUUCGCCUGGAUGGACGGCGAACUUCUCGAGAGCGGUGUAUUCGCACAAACACCACAUGCCUUUGCUGAAUCCGGGGAUGUGGUUCAAAUCAUCGAUGGUCACCGGUUGUACGUACGUAGAGCCCCGUACGCGGUGACCAAUAGAGGUCUAGCCAUCGAGAUCUUUGCCAGCGAGAAGCAUGAAGCAGCAAUUAUCUCAGAUCAGGGCUUCUCAUUCCUACCGCUCAAUUGCGGACGGCAGCCAGAGUCAGGUGCCGGUUCGGUCCAAUGGCUCGUUGACAUUGAGCUGAAGAGAAUAUCUCGAGAUGACUUUGUCAGGUGGUCACCUGGGAAAUUGAACCCAGCAGUGUGGCCGAUCAAUGUGAAUUGCACUCGGUUGGUGUACGUCCGGCCUGCACAUGUCCUCUACGAGCCUCAUGAGCAACGACGGUCAUUGUUCAUCAACGCAUCGUCCCUGUGGAAGCGUGGACUUACGAUCUCGCCAGCCUAUGGUUGUCGGCCAAAGCUGUACCUUGGGGAUGGGGCACAGGACGAGAGCGUCUGGAGAAUUAAGCUGGGGACGGGCCAGAGCUCUGUAGCACUACUUUUCAAGAGUACUCGAGGUGACAGUCAGCAACUAUUCGGAGUGAUCCUGCGUGCACUCAACGGUGUCCCGUGCAUAGAUCUCAUCAUUCCCUCAGCCGAUCCGACCUUCCAAAAAUCAAUGGACGAGUACGGUCAAAUGUCCAAGUACAAGUACGUGGACGGUUCGAUAAUCCAUGCCCCUCGCGGAACAGAAAACCGAGUCUCCAAGAUACUACAAGACAAUUGUUGGGUGUCUGCGAUCUUGACAUGGAGAACAGUUGCGCCUGGCGAAAGGCGUUUCUUUGUGGACUUCGCAUUCCGAGAAGCCCAAGCGCAAAUAUCGGAAGUUGCAAUUGGGAACGAAGCAUCUCCUAAUACAUCAAUACCACACGAAGUCAACUUAUACACGGAGCGAAGAAAAGCCGCCGACGACAAACUACAUGGGUGA